CCGGCUUGGUCCUGCCCGGCCAGGGCGCCCCGCCCAGGAGCUGACUCUGAGGCAGGGGCCACUGGGAUUCCAAAGGGUGGCCGCCAUGGACAAGAUCUUGGAGGCGGUGGUGACCUCAUCAUACCCCGUGAGCGUGAAGCAAGGGCUGGUGCGGCGCGUGCUGGAGGCGGCGCGGCAGCCGCUUGAGCGCGAGCAGUGCCUGGCCCUGCUGGCGCUGGGCACGCGCCUCUACAUGAGUGGCGCCGACGAACUGCCCCGCCGCGUGGGCUGCCAGCUGCUGCACGUGGCCGGCCGCCACCACCCAGAAGUCUUCGCCGAGUUUUUCAGCGCGCGCCGCGUGCUGUGCCUGCUGCAGGGGGGCGCCGGGCCGCCCGGCGCCCGCGCGCUGGCCUGCGUGCAGCUCGGCCUGCAGCUGUUGCCCGAGGGGCCCGCGGCCGACGAGGUGUUCGCGCUGCUGCGGCGCGAGGUGCUGCGCGCCGUGUGCGAGCGCCCGGGGCCCGCGGCCUGUGCGCAGGUGGCGCGGCUGCUGGCGCGGCACCCACGCUGCGUCCCCGACGGGCCUCACCGCCUGCUCUUCUGCCAGCAGCUUGUGCGCUGCCUCGGCCGCUUCCGCUGCCCGGCCGAGGGCGAGGAGGGCGCCGUGGAGUUCCUGGAGCAGGCCCAGCAGGUGAGCGGGCUCCUGGCGCAGCUGUGGCGCGCGCAGCCCGCCGCCAUCCUGCCCUGCCUCAAGGAGCUGUUCGCCGUCAUCUCCUGCACAGAGGAGGAGCCACCGUCUAGCGCCCUGGCCAGUGUGGUCCAGCACCUCCCAUUGGAGCUCAUGGAUGGUGUCGUCCGGAACCUCAGCAAUGAUGACAGUGUGACCGACUCCCAGAUGCUGACUGCCAUCAGCAGGAUGAUCGACUGGGUGUCCUGGCCCCUGGGGAAGAACAUUGACAAGUGGAUCAUUGCACUGCUGAAGGGGUUGGCCGCUGUUAAGAAGUUCAGCAUCUUGAUCGAGGUUUCACUCGCCAAAAUUGAGAAGGUUUUCUCCAAGCUUCUGUAUCCCAUUGUCCGGGGAGCCGCUUUGUCUGUCCUCAAGUACAUGCUCCUGACCUUCCAGCACUCCCAUGAGGCCUUCCACCUGCUCCUCCCUCACAUCCCCCCAAUGGUGGCCUCUCUGGUCAAGGAGGACUCCAACUCGGGGACCAGCUGCCUGGAGCAGCUGGCGGAGCUGGUCCACUGUAUGGUGUUCAGGUUCCCAGGCUUCCCGGAUCUGUACGAACCCGUCAUGGAGGCCAUCAAGGACCUCCACGUUCCCAAUGAGGACCGAAUCAAGCAGCUGCUGGGGCAGGAUGCCUGGACCUCGCAGAAGAGUGAGCUGGCCGGCUUCUACCCCCGGCUGAUGGCCAAAUCAGACACGGGCAAGAUUGGUUUAAUCAAUCUGGGCAACACGUGCUAUGUGAACAGCAUCCUUCAGGCCUUGUUCAUGGCUUCUGAUUUCAGACACUGUGUGCUCCGUCUGACUGAGAACAACUCGCAGCCAUUGAUGACCAAGCUGCAGUGGCUCUUCGCCUUCCUGGAGCACAGCCAGCGGCCUGCCAUUUCUCCGGAGAACUUCCUGUCUGCAUCCUGGACACCCUGGUUCAGUCCUGGCACCCAGCAGGACUGCUCAGAGUACCUGAAGUACCUGCUGGAUCGGCUGCACGAGGAGGAGAAGACCGGGACGAGGAUCUGCCAGAAGCUCAAGCAGUCCAGCUCGCCCUCCCCGCCCGAGGAGCCCCCUCACCCCAGUGCGACCUCUGUGGAGAAGAUGUUCGGAGGCAAGAUCGUGACCCGGAUAUGCUGUCUCCGCUGCCUCAACGUCUCCUCCAGGGAGGAGGCCUUCACGGACCUCUCUCUUGCCUUUCCCCCGCCUGAGCGCUGCCGCCGCCGCCGCCGCCUGGGCUCGGUGAUGCUCCCUGCGGAGGACGUUGGCGCCUGGGACCCCCCUUCACCAUCGCGAGCCCAGGUGCCAAGCAGGGCGGGUCCGCGGAGGCAGAGGAAACACUGCAUCACAGGGGACGCUCCCCUCACCGUCCUGAACAUUGAAGGCCUAGGCGCCCAGGGCCUCGGGGGGCAGAGCCGUUGGGAGGAGGAGGCGAAGGAGGAGAGAGCAGAGGAAGAGGAAGAGAAGGAGAAGGAGAAGGAGAAAGAGAAGGAGAAGGAGGAAGACGAAGAGAAGGAGGAAGAUGAAAAGGAGAAAGAGAAGGAGGAAGAGAAGGUGGAGAAUGAGGAAGAGAAGAUGAAGGAGGAAGAGAAGAAGGAGGAAGAGAAGAUGAAGAAGGAGGAAGAGAAGAUGAAGGAGGAAGAGAAGAUGAAGGAGGAAGAGAAAGUGGAGAAGGAGAAGAGGAAGAAGGAGGAAGAGAAAGUGGAGAAGGAGGAGGAGAAAGUGGAGAAGGAGGAGGAGGCCGAGAAAGAAGCAGAGAAGGAGAAGGAGGCGGUCGAGAAGGAGGUGGUGGAGAAGGCGAAGGAUACUGAGAAGGGCGAGGACAGCCCUGGCCCAGGGACCCGCAGGAAUGCUGCUCCCUCUGGGGAGGGCUCCCGCUCCGUCCUGGACCUGGUCAACUACUUCCUGUCGCCCGAGAGGCUGACGGCAGAGAACCGCUACCACUGCGAGUCGUGCGCCUCCCUGCAGGACGCCGAGAAGGUGGUGGAGCUGAGCCAGGGGCCGCGCUACCUCAUCCUGACCCUGCUGCGCUUCUCCUUCGACCUGCGCACCAUGCGGCGCCGCAAAAUCCUGGACGACAUCUCCAUCCCGCUGCUGCUGCACCUGCCGCUGGCCGGGGGCCGGGGCCAGGCCUACGACCUCUGCAGCGUCGUGGUGCACUCCGGGGUGUCCUCCGAGAGCGGCCACUACUACUGCUACGCCCGCGAGGGCGCUGCCCGCCCAGCCCCGACCCCGGGAGCGGCCGACAGACCCGAGCCCGACAACCAGUGGUACCUGUUCAACGACACCCGGGUGUCCUUCUCCUCCUUCGAGUCUGUCAGCAACGUCACCUCCUUUUUCCCCAAGGACACAGCCUACGUACUCUUUUACCGGCAGCGGCCCGGGGAGGGGCCUGAGGCCGAACCCGGCUCUCCCCGAGCCCGGACAGAGCCCACCCUCCACAAAGACUUGAUGGAAGCCAUUUCCAAAGACAACAUCCUUUUCCUGCAGGAGCAGGAGAAGGAGGCACGGAGCAGGGCGGCCUACAUCUCUGCACUUCCCGCAUCUCCGCACUGGGGGAGGGGCUUUGAUGAAGACAAAGAUGAGGACGAAGGCCCUCCAGGGGGCUGCAGCCCUGCAGGUGGCAGCGGUGGUGACUUCCACAGACUGGUCUUCUGAUGUGACCCCCUCAU